CGCUGCGCACGUGUGGCUGACACAAGGGCUGAUGGAGACAAGGUGGAUGCGCCCCGGGUUCCCGCUGCAGCCGCCGUUGUCGCCGCAACAGCCGCCGAUGCAGCCACCAAUGCAGCCCGCGGCGCAUGCAAUCUGUUAAAUGCAACGGCGGGCAGGCGGCGGACGCAUGCAACCUGCACGGGAGAGCGCGGAUUUUGUCGCAGCGCUGCAGCGGCGGGCGGGGGGGGGCAGUGAGAUGAGGUGCAGCCGCAUUGGUGCCGCCGCCGCCGGGUGCUGCAGGCUGCAGCCGCAUGGCCUGAGGACGUGAGCGAAGCACCCAUGGCGGAGCCGCUGCAUGGGUGCGGAGCGGCUGCGGCUGCGGUUCUGCCCGGGGCUGGGACUGGGAUCUGGGGGCUCCCCGCUCCGCACCCUGCCCGCAUGGGGCCGCAGCGCCUGCACUUGUGUGGCCGUGCGGCCAGAGACAAUGUAUCCAGGCAGCUGGCUACAGUAGCGACUGGCACCAACUUCGCUACAUUAUCGCCUGCCACACACAUGGCUACAGUAUCGCCUGGCACCAAAUUGGUUACAGUAGCGACUGGCACUACAAUGGCUACAUUAUCGACUAGCACACACAUGGCUACAGGAUUGAUUGGCACCAACUUCGCUACAGGUUCGACUGGCACAAACUUGGCGACAUUAUCGACUGGCACUACAAUGGCUACAGUAUUGCCUGGCACACACUUGGCUACAGUGUCGACUGGCACCAACUUCGCUACAGUAUUGCCUGGCACACAUUUGGCUACAGUGUCGCCUGGCACUACAAUAGCUACAAGAUUGACUGGCACCAAGUUCGCUACAGUAUCCACUGGCACACAUUUGGCGACAGUAUCUCCUGACACACAAAUUGUUACAGUUUUGCCUGGAACAGGUGACUACCUGCUACCAGCACCCCUGGGAUCCCAGGUGGUGACAAUGAGCACCACUCCGGGAGGAGAGGAUUCCAGGACGCAUUACCCCGACUUUUACCAGCCCAACGACCUCUUGCUCGCCCUCGACCCCAUCUUCAGCGCCCUCUCGGGAGAGCAGCAAGCCCCGGGCAAGAGGAAGGGGUCGGAUCACCGCCCGGUGGCCGGCACUUGGCAGGGAGAGGCUGGCACGGGUCUGGCCCAGCACAAGAGGAAGAGGCUGGAGAACGGGGAGGGGGGUGGGGGUGCCAAGCUGGCCAAUGGGCACGACGUGGGCAAGCUGGUGGGCGACGGAGAGACGGGGGCAGUGCCGAGGACGCAGAGCCGGGAGCUGGUGAACAAGUACAUCGUGCCCUGCAUGAACUGCUACGGCAUCUGCGUCAAGGACAACUUCCUCGGUGGGGCGCUGGGCGGGCAGAUCCUGCUGGAGGUCCUGUCCCUCCACCGGAACGGGACCCUGAUGGACGGGCGGGUGGUCAGCCCGCUCACCGUGCCCACCCGCAGCAUCCGAGGGGACAAGAUCGCCUGGGUGGAGGGCACCGAGCCCGACUGUGCUGGCAUCGGACAGCUGAUGGGCAGGAUCGACGAGCUCAUCAUCUAUAGCACUGGCAGGCUGGGCAACUAUGAGAUCAACGGCAGGACCAAGGCCAUGGUUGCCUGUUACCCUGGCCAUGGAACGGGCUACGUCCGACACAUUGACAAUCCCAAUGGAGAUGGCCGUUGUGUCACCUGUAUUUAUUACCUGAACAGGGACUGGGACGUCAGUGUCCACGGCGGCUUGCUGCAGAUCUUUCCGGAAAACCGCUCGGAGGUGGCGAACAUCGAAAUGUGCAGGGCCAACACUAAGUACCACACUUGCUGGAAGCCGCAAAUACAAAUAGAAAGUGCCAAGUGCCAAGAUAAGGGACUGAAGAAGAGAAAUGUCCUCACAUAA